AUGGGACGUAAGAGGAAGUACCUUUGGCGGAAAUUCGGCAACUUCGUCCGUGCAGCGCCGUUCAACGCCCCUUGGGACUACGCCAGGCAGAUUACGGCCUGCUCUGGUCCGAAGUUAACUUACAACAACGCGUACCGGCUGAAGGUAGGCAUCACGGCGCAGCGAUUCGGCGACUGGUGCGAGUCAUUCCGCUACAUUCCGGCGGUGCAAGAGCGCAUUCGGCAGAUCGACAACGGAGCAACCGUGGAGCUUUUGACUUACAACCACGAAUUUCUCCGCUUCUUCAUGGUGCCGAGUGCAACACGCAAAGCACUGAAGACGUGCAGGCCUGUCAUCGCACUGGACGGGACUUUCCUGAUCCGUGCUCAAAAGGCUACUCUGCUGUACGCCAACGCGAUGGACGGCAAUCAGCAAAUCAUCCCCAUCGCAUGGGCGCUCGUAGAGAGCGAAACCAAGGACACAUGGAUUUGGUUUUGCCGGCUCUUUGAUAAGCACUGCUCUGACUGGAAGGGACGGGACGACGCGGCUAUCAUCAGCGACCGGGACAAAGGUCUCAUCCCGGCGGUGAAGGAAGUGUUCCCUGAGAAGGUGGCGCACUACUUUUGUGGGUGGCACAUGCAGCAGAACGUGAAGCGGUUCGGGAAGACUUCCGCGGACAUGUUAUGGCGGCUUUUGACAGCCCGGUCUUUGGACAAGUACAACGAGCUCAAGGUCGGUGCACGGGAAUCCCAUCCCCUGCUCACGACUUACCUCUACGGUGCAGCGCCUGUGGCCGACGCGCCUGGGCCAAACCCCACUCCACCAGCUGGCCUUCGUAUUCGCCGACGCAACGUUCAGCAAACACGCCGGACGCGUGCGACCGCCAACAACAUUGCGGCCGAAGCAGCUGAAGCACGGCGGCGUGCUCGCCAAGCACAGUCGCAGCGACGCGGCCGCCGACAGAGACAGGGCGGCGCAGGACGCCCACCUCGGAAUGCCGCAGCGGCGGGGCAUUCAGCAGCGCCCCGCCCGUCCACAGCACCGUCGCCCGCUGCUGCGACCCGCCAAGCCGCUGCACAUGCAUCGUCCGCAGCGCCCAGCCCAUCUGCAGCGCCAGGGCCGUCCGCAGCGCCCCGCCCGUCUACAGCACCGUCGCCCGCUGCUGCGACCCGCCCAGCCGCUGCACAUGCAUCGUCCGCAGCGCCCAGCCCAUCUGCAGCGCCAGGGUCGUCCGCAGCGCCCCGCGCGUCCACAGCACCGUCGCCCGCUGCUGCGACCCGCCCAGCCGCUGCACAUGCAUCGUCUGCAGCGCCCAGCCCAUCUGCAGCGCCAGGGCCGUCCGCAGCACCCCGCCCGUCCACGGCACCGUCGCCUGCUGCUGCGACCCGCCCAGCCGCUGCACAUGCAUCGUCCGCAGCGCCCAGCCCAUCUGCAGCGCCAGGGCCGUCCGCAGCGCCCCGCCCGUCCACAGCACCGUCGCCCGCUGCUGCGACCCGCCCAGCCGCUGCACAUGCAUCGUUCGCAGCACCCAGCCCAUCUGCAGCGCCAGGGCCGUCCGCAGCGCCCCACCCGUCCACAGCACCGUCACCCAAUUCAGCUACACGCACAUCCGGGGCACCCGCAUCAUCCGCAACGCCGUCACCAUCCACUCCGUACGACCCAUCUGCUGCAACAGGUUCGUUUGAACAACGGUUUGUCAAUGCGCCCCUCCGUUCUUUACCGGAGCCACCUCCAAUUCGACGAUCCUCACCGAUAGUCGUGCCUAGCGGAUGGCGAGGAACAGCUGCGUGCUUUAGCUUUCGCAACAUUGUUCUGAGAGCUGCGGUCCCGGGAGUCACCCCACCAACUGAGGCACCAAACCGAGAGCCAUCACCGACCGCGGCGCCCACCCGCCAGCCACCACCGGCCGCGGCAACAACCCGUGACCCUCCUCCUCCCACCGUGGACCCGGGAACGGCGCUUGGGAACACCAACGAGGAGAGGCCUAGCGUUGUAGAAGAUGAGGCGACCGUCGUGGAAGAGGACUCCCUGGAGGACGGUGAGGAUGGUGUGCGGGUCCGAACAGGCCUUCGUGGUGAUUACACUGCACGCAGGAACAAAAUCUGGGUGUACGAGAAGCAGUGGGCUCGAUGUGCGGCACCAAUGAGAAGAUUCGGCAUCUACACGAGCAACAUGGCGGAGUCGACCAACGGGGCCGUAAAAUCCAUCCUGCGCCUGCCACCCGCGUAUCUGUUAGCAUCAAUGUGGGACUACAACGUCAAGAAGUUUCAUGAGCGGCGUGAGGAGGCUAGAGCCCGGGAUGACUACUUUACGGAGUGGGGGAGAAAACGGUAUGAGGAGAAGUGCGAGCGGGGAAAGAACUACGAGGUGAAAAUCUCCAACAUCGAGUUCUUCGCGGAGGUGAUAAACAAUGGCAACGCGACGGACCCAACCCCACGCAGCUACAACGUCGACCUACGUGGCGAGGGUAGCUGUGAGUGCGGCAAUUGGAAAGAGUACGCUUUUCCGUGCGCACAUGCCAUGGCGUUUUUCCCCUGGGCAAACAAGAACGGGUGGGAGUAUGUCAGCGACUACUACACCACAGUCAACCUCCGCCGCACAUACUCCCACACCAUUCCCGGGACCUACAUCGACACCCUGAUGGCAUAG